AUGUAUGCCGAUGCAGAUAUGAGUGCACGGACCAUAGCUUGGGCAAUGGCAAGAAGUCAUUUUGUCGUUCUGCGGAGGCUGAGAUAUGGUUGUCGUUCGGCAGAAGCUGAUGACGUAUCUUCCCUGCAGAUUGAGGGUGAGCCUGGAGGUGUUGAAGGUGGUAAUCUGAGUGGUGGACGACCGAGGCGGCGUGUAUUUCCCCGAUGUGAUGUGGAUGUUGAAGAAAGUUUUGGGACUAAAUCUCAGCCCCACCGUCCAAGCACGGAGACCAAGGAAAUCAAGGACUCGGCGGAUCCGAAAAGCUCGCCGUCGUCGCUGUUGGAGUCGCAGCAGUUCCUGAAGUCAGGUGAUGGAUGCCACGUCGUCGCUCGUCUUACGAAUAAGGCGGCCUUGACGCCCAGGGCGGCGUGUAAUCAACCCGCGGCGGCGAUUAUUCUCCUCCUCCUCCUCCGGGUCGUCUUUUUUUUUUUCUGA